UGACUGUUAGCUUAACUAGCAGCCUGUCAUAAGGUCUCCCUGAAGUCCACCACGAAGGAUCAGUAUUUGGACGUACUGGAUUCAGAUUCUGGGAUUUUACCUGGUAUAAUCUGUGUUGUGGUCUUAGUUCAGAGGUCUGCAGGGUCACUCUGAGUCCACCUGUGUCUCCACAGACCGGCAUCAUGGCGGGUCAGAAGUCCGUGUGCUGUGGUCUCUCCUGCAGAGAAGUGGUUUUGACCGUCCUGUUCCUCCUCAUGACGGCUGUGAGUGUGAUCCUGAUCGCACUGAUGGCUACACAAACACACACAGAUCCUACUCCUCCUCUUCCUCCCUCCUUGCAGCCUCAGACCAAACCGUACCUGAUCGGAGUGGGCCGAGCCGACUGCACCGGACCCCCGGCUGAAAUCCCUCUGAUGGGUUAUGCAAACCCUCAGCAGAACGCUGCAGGCAUACACACUCGCCUCUUCAGCCGAGCCUUCAUCAUCGACGACGGGACGAAGAGAGUCCUCUUCGUCACCGCAGACGUGGGAAUGAUUUCACAGAGACUGAGGCUGGAGGUUCUGCAGGCCCUGCAGCUGAAGUACGGGGACCUGUACCGUCAGGAUAACGUGGUCCUGAGUGGGACACACACUCACUGUGGGCUGGGCGGGUUCUUCCAGUACACUCUGUUCAUGAUGAGCAGCAAAGGUUACAUCAGGUCGUCCGUCCAGCCCAUCGUCAACGGCAUCGUCAAGAGUAUAGACCUAGCCCACAGUAACAUGAGGCCGGGCAGGAUUUACAGGAGCACAGGAGAACUGGACGACAGCAGCCUGAACAGAAGUCCUCACUCCUACAUGAACAACCCUGAGGAAGAGAGACACAG